AGUACUAAACUUCCCGUUCGAAAAGCGCGCUACUUAAAUGUUGUAAAACGAUCUACAUUCAUAUCUUUUAAAUUAUCAACUCAGCUAAGCAAUUUAUCACAGUGGAUAUUGUAUCAUUUGUAUCAAUUUGAUCUUUCCAGUAAACUGGCAUGUCUCAUGUAACAAACUGUUAUUUGAGAAUAAAUUAUUAUUAUUGUUAUUAUAAUUAUUAUUAUCAUUUGACCAGGUGAAAUUCUAGAAGGGUUGGAAAAUGAAGUGCACUGUUUUCAAGUAAAACACCUAUAAAUGCAUUAUGUUAGCCGCUAUUUCAUUUACUUAUCGAAUUUGAUACUGACAACGAAGUUUAAUCAAUUGUCCCCACAGGUUUUCUGAUAUGCUACUUAUGACAUCUGUCAACUAAUUGAAAGGCGCAAACCUUUUUAAUAAUCAAGUCUAUGCCGGUGAAGAUCUUGGCGAAGUUCCGAAUAUGGAAGAUUACGCGAAGAACCAAUUUGCAAGUUAAUGGUGACUGUGUUUUACAGUGACUAUUGUCACGUUUAUUAAUCUAAUGAAUUCUUUGAAUAUAGAUAAUAACAACUAUACUCAGUCUUGUUAGUAUGUUGACUUAUAGACCAUCGCUGUAAUAAUACUACUUUGAUAGUAGACAGAAUCCUAAAACGGCGAAUUCGUCGUGAUGUGACUGCCUAAUCUGUAAGAUCUUCCAUGGAAUUCACAUCACUGUCUACACUGACUCAUCGUAUCGUAACAAUUAACAAUAUGAUACUUGGCACUUCUGAAUAACACACUUAUGUUGCGGAUAGAGUUUAAUAUUUUAUGUGAAUAGUGAUUGGUAACACAUAAUGACCACGUGUACAGGGCUUAGCCAUGUCAUCCGGUUGAAUGAAUGUUUUUACGUCCAUCAUUGCCAACCUUCUCCAAGCGUUCCACGUUGAAUUUACAUAUUUUCAAAAAUUAUACAUUCAGAUUCGAAGACCGUGUGGUUAGGAAACAAUGCCACCACAAUUAUCCAUCCGAAUACACUGUCGUUGUGAAGAAACUUAUAUAUGAAACGAAGCAUUCUAGUGAGAUAUCUAAAUCGAUGCAGUACUACAAAUUUUCGUAACGAAACAGGUACUUAUAGAGCGAACACUUGGUUAUUUUCAAUUUUCACAAACAGUUACCAAUUAUGAUUAUUGGUAUACCAACUCGUGAAUCUACGGAGAUGAAAAUAGUAGUUGGGCAACACUUCAUUGUUCAUCAUUACUACUGUUACAGGAAGAGCAACAUUUGAGGCAGAAAGACAGGUUUGCAAGUUGGAUAUAUAGCUAUGUUAAAAAUAGUGCUCAAAAAACUUCAUAAAGUAAGCAGUUCCUGUCACGUUUCCACAUUUCGUUGUAUUCCGAUCCAUAUUUUAUCGUAAGGAAUACCACACAAAGACAAGCGUUAGAGAAACUACAGACAUACCUACUUAUUGAUGAUCAUUAAGUAAAAAUUGGCUUCGUUGAAUCUGUACAUAUUGUUUGUCUCUUUUUGGUAGUGAAUUUGUUGUUAUCAUGGAAGUUGUGAGUUUUAUUUAUCUUCCUUCGACUGCAAUGAUGAUGAACUGUACAAUUUAUCUUUUGUAGUUGACUGGAUUUACCUGUAAGAGUUCGUCUUCAUACCAGCAGCAUAUGACGGCAAGGACAUCGGCAUGUUCCUGUUUAUCCACGAUCCAGGUUACAUCUGCUCGUAAUUCUUUUCUCUUCCAGGCAAAUAGAACAGAACGCUACUUAUCAAAAUUAUCCCCAUAAUUUACCCAAGUAGGAGAAUAGUUUCCCCGAAAUAGGCUGUUUGGGAAGUUACGGAGCAACAAUCGAUCCUACGCGUGCACUACAAGACAGAGAGAAAUAAUUCAAUGUUCUGUGUAAUGAAUUUGUAGCUUUGCUGCAGCAAGAGACCACUUAUUUAUGAGAACUCCUGAUAUUCAUGCAACUCAACGGGCAACUAGCAUACCACCAGCAGUUGAAACAUGUGUGGUUGACCAGACAAUGUAUAAACGUGAAAAGUAUCAACAAAGUUACUAAAGAUCAAUAGUAAUAUUAUUUGUGUCAAAUACAAUAAAAAUUGAGACUUUACUUAAGUUCACCAAAUUGAUAUGUGUUCAGCUUUAGUCUGGUACUGUAAAUCCACAAUUAUAAAUGUUUGGUAAUUCCAAUCAGUCUAUAAAUGUAGGUAAUAUUUGAUUUAGAUUUCAUUUAACUAAAUCACAAACGAAAAUAGAACGAGAGGUGUGCGUAGAAAUGUAUCUGUUACCAAGACACAGUAUGUCAAUUUCGUAAAUGUGCCCUUCAGCUUAGCAACCAAUCAGAAUGAGGCGGGAAUGAAUACAUCCGCCACCUUUGUAAGUCAUGGCGGUAGGCUUUCUUCGUUCUGUGCUUCUUUCAGUUAUUUCUUUUGUGUAGCUAUGUAAUUUAAUGUUUCGGUCUGAUAAAAUGCCGCAAUUAGUGUUAUGUUCUACAUGUUGGUGUGAAAUUUACUUCGAAUCAGCAUUGUUUUUAUGGUUUUUGCUGCUUCUACUCAAGCCAAUGUAUUUCUUCAGCCAAGCUGGUUAGUCUUAUGUUUUAAAAUGGUAGUCGGUUUUGUUUUGACUUGUUUUUUAGAUAUCCAAAGCCGGAGUUGGUUUCUCUAGCUAGAAUAAUUGUUGUUGCUGCCUGUGACUAACUGUCCGCAUGUUCGUUCCUAACUGUCCUUUAUGAUGUUAUCGGCAAAAUGAAAGGAAACAAUCUCCGGUUUUUAAUUUUCUUCAGUAUUAUGGACAACACUAUCCCGCUAACGAGUCAAACUAAUACUGAUUGCCCAGCAGUAGGGGAUACCAGUAUUGUUUUCGAAAGAACUCAGACUUCCGAUAACCAUAGACGAAGUCACAGAUACUACCAAUCUAUUGAAGAGGGUUUGUUAUUAAAAAUAUGUUAUAUAGCAGUAAUAGAGGGGUUGUACUCAUUACGUAGUGCGUUAAAGCAAGUCUAACAUUGAAAAGACGGAAAUCUGCUAUCAGUGUGUAGUGUAUGGUUGCUGUUUCGGUUAUAAAAGGAAGCCGAAAGAUCAUGAUCAGGGAGUAAAAAGAUCACACUUCACCACUCGCAAAUCUGUGUUUUUUUUACUGUAUGACGUCAACCGGUACCUAAUAUUUUCACCCUUACGAUGAAAAAUACCUGGAAAUUCUCACCUUCAUAUUCGAAUUAUUUUUGGACAACUGCCUUCCAGUUUGAUUGCUUCGUGCGCCCUGGGAGACUAGAUUCCUACAUUAUUCGUAGUUCCAGUAUAACGUUCUCAUACACUAAUAUCCGUCUUUUCUAUUUCAGUUAAUCGAUGAAGACAUGUACCACGUGCAUCUGCUGUAUAUUGUCAUUUCACUGCAAUUCUAACUGUUAUGUCUUACUUUUAAGAAAUAAAAUUGGUAUAUGCAGCAAAUAUA